AUGGAUCCUCAAACCAGAGGCGAUUCGGCGUCGCAAUCUCGAGGAGAUGGCGAUGCUAGUGCACAAUCGUCUAACCCCGGAACGCCGUCAACAGGCCAGCCGAAAGUGCAGCAACCCAAACCACAGGCUCUCCCAAACCGAUCCGGUCCCUCGGCAAUUCUCGUGUCAACGCGACAGAAGGGUAAUCCGAUCCUGAACCACAUUAAGCUCCUACCAUGGGAGUAUGCCGAUAUUCCAGCGGACUUCGUUAUUGGAACCACAGCAUGUGCACUCUUCCUCUCAUUAAAAUAUCACCGACUCCACCCCGAAUACAUUUAUUCUCGAAUCCGACUCCUCGCUGGCAAGUACAACUUGCGCAUUGUGCUGGUCAUGGUGGACAUCCCCAAUCACGAAGACACCCUCAAGGAACUAUCAAAGACGUCUAUAAUCAAUAAUCUCACGCUGAUGCUUUGCUGGUCCGCCCCCGAGGCUGCACAUUACCUCGAACUCUUCAAGUCCUCCGAACACGCACAACCUACCGCCAUUCGCACCCAGCAAGCACAGUCAUACAAGGAGUCCUUGGUGGAAUUUGUGACGGCACCCCGGAGCAUCAACAAGUCAGAUGCGGCAAGCUUGAUAUCUACAUUUGGAAGUUUGCAGAAUGCCGUCAAUGCACAGCCAGAGCAGAUCAGCUCCGUGCCCGGCUGGGGCGAGAAAAAGGUUCAACAGUGGUGCAACGCCGUCCGCGAGGACUUCAGGGUGGAGACCACCAAAAAGGCAUCUGCUACGGCAUCAAAAUCCCAGACUAGACCAACCAGACAACCGAGCGGGCUCGAUCAGAUGGCCAUAGACGAGGAUGACGAUGAAGCAGUGCUCCGAUCUGUGUUGGCUGAGAGUCGGCGCACAGCCGCUGCAUCUCUCCCAGUCCAGAGCCCUGCAAAAAACAACCAGCCAGCCGAGGAGCUUGAUGAGGGUAUUGCAGCUGCACUGGCAAGGCUGCGAGAAUCCGGUGGAUGA